AUGUCUGAAGCUCUGGUGACAGCAGCAGCGAAAAUCAAGGAGUUUAAGAAGCACUGCAUGUCGAAUGGUGCAAAGCAUGGGGCACGGGCCCAUCGAUGGUCUGAAGAGUGUCAGUUACUCAAAGAAGAGAUGCAGCAUGUUGUGCAGUAUCACAACUACCAAGCUGAAUGGUGGCUGGGCCUCAUAGGGAGAAAGCCUGCCAGCUCAGAUGAAUACCGUGGGGGCAUGGCUGCAUAA